AUGCCCGGAGUCUGGAGCAUUUCUUGCACCGACAGGAAAUACCUCUCAGGGCACCAGGAACCACACAGAGUUCCUGAGACUUCCUCUGCAGCCAAUGUUGUCCUGGACCCAGACACUGGUCAUCCCUAUCUCUUCGUGUCAGAGGACAAAAGAAGUGUGACAUUGGACCCCUCCAGGGAGAGCAUGCCGGACAACCCAGAGAGAUUCUACAGUCAGCUUUGUGUCCUGGGCCAGGAGAGCUUCGCCUCAGGGAGACAUUACUUGGAGGUAGAUAUGGAAAAUGUGAUUGAGUGGACUGUGGGGAUCUGUAGAGACAAUGUUGAGAGGAAAUGGGAGGAUCCACUACUUCCUCAGAAUGGCUUCUGGACCUUGGAGAUGCAUAAAAGGAAAUACUGGACCCUGACCUCCCCUAAGUGGAUUCUCUCUCUGGAGGAGCCCCUUUGCCAGGUGGGCGUCUUCCUGGACUAUGAAGCUGGAGACGUCUCCUUCUACAACAUGAGGGACAGAUCACACAUCUACACAUUUCCCCAUUCAGCCUUUUCUGUGCCUGUGAGGCCCUUCUUCAGCUUAGGGUCUUAUGAAAGCCAAAUCUUAAUCUGCUCUGCAUUCACAGGAGCCAGUGGGGUCACGGUGCCUGAAGAGGGCUGGACACUUCACAGAGCAGGGACCCACCGCAGCCCACAGUAUCAGUUCCCUAGUCUCACAGCCAUAGAAACAAGCCCUGGCCAUCUCAGCAGCCACUGCACAAUGCCUCUGGUGGAAGACACGCCCUCCUCCCCUCUGGUCACACAAGAGAACAUCUUCCAGCUGCCUCUUUCACACCCACUCCAGACCUCAGCCCCUGUUCACCUCCUCAUUAGGUAUGGCUUUAGUAGUUCCUUUGGUUGUAACUAUAGGAUGGAAUCCAGGCAUAGGGAACUAGUUGUUCCACAGCUCCCAGCCAGGAAGAAAGUGUGA